CGUCCCCUUUCUUCUUCUUCUUCUCUUUGCUUCUUCGUUCUCACUCUCAUCCAUAUCUCGCUCUCAACACGGCCAAGCAGUGUGUGAGGUACUCUGAUUGGCAGUAGACUCCAAUACUGGCCCGUAGAAUCGUCUUACAGCCCACGUUCUCUCUCAUCAUCUUGAGACUCGGGACACCCGCAUUCCCUCCAUCUGAUCUAUCUUUAAACCUCCCGACAAGCGACUUGUUAGAUCUCGCAAUCAUCCUCGCAUAACCAUGUCCAACGCCGGUGGAUAUAUCAAAAGCGGUAUCAAGCUCUUUGAUGCUUUGAACGAAGGCAAACCUCAUUCGUCCAUCACGGACUGGGUCGAAGUCUUGACGUCGGACAGGUACGAGGAAUUGUCAUUGGAUGGUGUGCCGGAAUUGGUAGAAAGCAUCAAUAUUCAAGGUGCAUCGGGUACGACGGAAGGAGCACGAGCCAUUCGAAAGAAGCUCAAGUACGGCAAUGUCCAUCGACAACUCCGAGCUCUCGUUAUCCUGAGAGCUCUGACUGAGAAUGCUGGAAAGGGAUUCAAAUUGAAUUGGGCGAAUCCCGAAAUCGUUACUAGAUUGAAGGACAUGGCACAGGAUGCCUUGCUCGAUCCCAACGUCAAGAAGAGGCUCUUCCUCGUAUUUCACGCCUGGGCUAUUCAGUACAAGGAUGAGCCCCGAAUGCAGCAUGUAGCCAGGCUCUAUAGCCAGUAUGGCGGUGGGGGACCCACGGUCCGCAAACCCACGGCUGUACACUCAAGUGCUACCACCGCAUCCCCUCGAGCCUCCAUCGACGCUGGACGACCAAGCAGGGGCCCAGAGGGUGGAUUCAACGACUAUGACUCCCUCUUCAGUCACGAUUGGGCACCUGCUCCCGGCAAGCGAGGACCAGACACAUACGCCGACUUGGCCGCAGCCAAGGCCGAUGCAGAAGAGCGAAAGCGCCAACGAGAAGCGAGAAUUGCACUGGAACAUCGAGAGGCUGAACUCGAGCGGCGAGAGCGAGAAAUCAGACGAAAGUCGGAGAUGGAGGCUCUGAACAUGCGACGACAGCGGGAGGCAGAGCAAGAGGCCGAGAGGAGACGAAAGGCCAGGGAGGAGAUGUUGAAGGCUAAGAGACAGCCGGCUCAAGCUCCAGCUGCUGCUCAGCCGAAGCGACCCAAAUUUGACUUUCAAAAGGAGAAGCCACAAGUUUUGGUCGCGGUUGCGAAUGCCAUUCAGACGGCCAACAAUCUUGUCAACUCGUGCAGGCAUCUCAAUCGAGAAUUCGAAAACGUUCGAGAAUCCCCUCGAGUCCAGGAGAAUCUGGACAAGGCCAAGGCUGCUCGUCGUAUCAUCGUUCGAUACAUUCAGCUUGUCACCGAUGAAGAAUUUGUCGGGACCUUGAUCGACGCGAAUGAAAAGAUUGUUGAAGCCAUCCAAUUGUAUGACAAACUCUCCAAACCCGCACUUUUGGACUCUGACUCGGACGAAGAGGCUCCUCCGGCCGACAAGAAGGACAUUGACAAUCUCCAGAAGCGGUUGGAGGCACAGAAACUUGAAGCGGACAGGACUGGAGAACUCCAACGAAUGCAAGAGCGUCAGAAGAGAGAGUCGGCCAAGAGAGAACAGCGCCGAUUGGUCCGUCAAGCUUCCAUGGCUCAGGCGCCUACUCGAGGACACCCCGAUCUCGACGACCUAGACUUUGGCAGUAUCUCAAAGGACAAGGCUUCGGCGAGAUUGCCUCAGCCUCUUCACCCAGACUCGGACUACGACUCGCAGGGCGGAGGAUUGUCUGAUUACUCUGACUACGAUUACAACUCUUCUGACGACGAGUGGCGUGCGUCGCGUUCCAGAAGACCUUCGAUGGCGGCUGGCCCUUCACACGCCAAGAGCUCAGGACAAGCGAAUCACUAUCGAUCGCUUGCGGAUGAUGGCACACACGCCAAGAAGGGAUUAUUGGACUCCAACGAUCCAUUUGGUGAUCCAUUUGCGGAUGACAAUGACACCCCGCUGGGUGAGAAACAAAGGAUGACCUGGACCGAAAUUUGAGGAGAGACGUGAAACAUCUAUUUAUCGAUGCCAUAUACCCUCGGCUGGGUUCAAUCUGUGUCAGAGUACGAACGAUCAAGCUUCCGGGGUUUCCAAUGUUAGGGUAGCUAGCUGGAGAAAAUGCACGAAUUAUAC